AUGAGUUCAACAUUAGUAAAAUUAUCAUUUUUAUUCAUAUUCAUUAUUGCGCGUAAUGUAAAAUCAGAAGUGGAUCCUUUACAAGUCUUAGGAGCUGGAUUCGAAAUCAUAAAAUCUGCCAGCAAUCCAUUAGAAUUUGGGAAAUCUCUUCUUGACUUUGCUUCGUUAAUAUCUUCGGAUGCUUCAGAGAAUGAAAUCGGUGACACUCUCCGUGUCAUCAACGAUAAGUUAGAUGCUAUUUCUGAAAACCUUGAAAAGUUUAAGGUUGAAGUCGACAGCGAAUUAAAACAGAUAAAAUUACUCGUAGAUACGAAACCUCUAAUAACAACAUUUUGGGGCCUUGGAAGCGAUAUAGACCGUGAUUACAAGACACUCAAACAAAUAUUAAAAGGACAUAGCACUUUGCGAUCUUUGAAUAGCUUUGCAAAUGGUGUUAUUGAUCAUCGUAAUGGUGUUACACACACUUUAGAGAGUAUGCACGCAAAAUUAUAUGCAGAAGAGGGAAAUAUUGUUUAUAAAUAUUCGACGCAGUAUGAGUUGAUUCUUUUGCCUGUUUGUCCGAGUCGCCUUUCGCAGGCAAAAACUAUUCUGCUUUUUUAUCUAGCGCUUCACAACGCUGAAUUGAAAGGAUUGGCUGUACUUGCGUACGCAUUGAAACAAUACUACAGCACAAUCGAGCAAACAGAUCAAACAGAAGAAGACUUGGAAACAGAACUAGAUGAUGUGAAACAAAAUUUCAUUGAAAGAUCAAAUGAAGCGUUCAGAAUUUUGGAAAAAACAAUGAGCAAAAUUUCUCGUGCGUUGUGGAACUGUACUUUAGAAACUCCUCGAGAAGGUGUCACUUAUGCGCAGUUUGGCCCAUUUAUAUAUAGGACAUUCGAACCUGCGGACACCAUAUCAAAGAUGUUUACUGGCUAUUCAUGUCCCGCCAUACAAAAUACUCAAAGUGUCUGUCACGAAAGUUCUAGAUCUACGUGCCAUCAAUUAACGUAUUGUCGUGGAAAAGUAAAGUCUUGCGAAUCAUUGGCCGGAAAAAUAAGAGUUUGUCAAACAUCGAAUGAUAAAGCGCGCAAGUACGAUUAUGCGGAAUACUCUUGGGGAAAGAUUAUAGGACAAAAAGAUCAAGAAUGCAGAGGAAGAAUAUAUGAACACAAAGCUAGAGUAUACGUGAAUGGUUACAUGGGCUCAUUCACUGAAUACGACAGUUCAUGCCUUUGCUCAUGUGAAAAUCCCGAUUUAAACGUUUACAUCAAUUUGAGGGAAGUUGUAUCUGAUGUGCAUGAAAAUAAGGUCAUCACAGGCAUUCGCAUUAGAAAAAUCAAUGAUGUUUUUCAUCUUCAAGUACAGCAAGCCAAACUUUUGCCAUCAGUUGCAAUUGAUCUGAAAACUAAGUCUUGGGUAAAAGUCAACGAGUAUAAGACAUCUGAUAAAGGCGUUUCGGAAGGCAACGAUUAUCAUAAAUUGAGCUGGGAUCUUAGAUCAUUCGAACUGGACGACGUUGAGCUCGAUAGAAAAUACGUUGUAACUGGUGCGAGAUUCACUGUAGAUAAAGGUCUUAUAAGAUUGAAAGUUCGAGGCACUCGAUUUAAUUUUCAGAAUGGAAAACUCAAAGUUAAACAACAUUUGUGGCACCAGCACACAAAAUCUAAAGACCAGCUGAAACACUUUGGAUUGGAAUACACAGAUUUGCCGACUAAAUAUCCGAUAAGCCAGCCCGUUAUUACGGAUCCAGGACAAUAUAUGACUUUGACGACGAGUAGUAUGGAUGAUGAUGUCGGACAAAGUGUUGUACCAUUCGUAGAGUUGAAGCCGAUUGAAUCAGAAAUCCCUAAUGUUGCAUUAUCUGGAAUUGGAUUGAUACAUAAAAGCUACCAAAAGAAUGCAGCUGGAUAUCUUGCGCCAAAAAUUUUAACUUAUAAUUUCACUUGA